AUGGCUCUUCAAGUUGGAUCAUAUUCUCACAAAGACUUGAAGUGUGAUGAACAAAGAGCAACUUAUUACAUCGGAGGGAUCUGUUGCUUGAUGCCUGAAGUAACAGAUGAUAUACAAGAAGGUGUUCGUCAGAAAGGUAACAGAGUUCGAAUCGUAAGAGUCCCUUCAGGUGCUGAACCAAACGGUUUAGUGAUUCAGAGAAAAAGGCGAACGCUUUCUUUGGUUACUUGGUGA